AUGGCAUCUUGGCCAGGAACACAAGGGGCGCGUGUAUCGCCGGUAGGCAUCGAACGAUCGCAUGAUAACGCUUCUUUGAAGGGUGUGAGCUGGACAGAUACCAGGAGUGAGGGUCAUACACCCAGCAUUCUUUUUUCAGAGGAGAGCUCGCCGUUCCAGUGGGACUCGCGAGGGACCAGCUAUGAACAAGCCAUGAGCUCCACGUCCUCGGGCACACUGCAGCCGCCGUAUCCGCGUUAUACAGGAGCCGUGCCGCCUAUCACAACAUCCACAGCCCGUAUGGUUACGGCUCCUGAAAGAGAAGAUGCUGGUCCGAGCGGAGAAUCGAAAGAUUUCGAUAGGCCCAGAUCUUCGAAUACAGUGCGCCAAGCAGAUGUUUCUUCUAGAUUAUCUCUGCCUGCUCGAUCUUGCGAUCAUGUGCCUGUGCGGACAGGAAAAACCGGUGCUCAUCUUGCAAAAUUGCUCGAGGAAGUUCGUCGCUUACAGAAAGACGUGUGGAGCAAACGAUCGCGAACACGAGAUCUUCGCCAUGCUUUACGGCAGAAACGCGAGGAAGAGGAUUACCUGCGACUCGUGCUAGAGGAGAAACUGAGUUGGCUCUCUCCAGAGUCUAUCCACCUGCAAACUCCAGCAAUCAGUAAAGCCAUCGAAGACUUGAAAGCUGCCACAGGGCUUUACCACACUCUUGAAAGCGACUAUCAGAGGAUUGAAGAUGAGCUUAAUAAAGAAGAGACUCUGCUGGACAAACGAACGACAAGAUUGAACAAGCUGCUGCGCAGACAAGUCGCCCCAUGGAACGAACAGAAGGACUCUGUUAACUCGUUCUCGGAUACAUAUUCAACCUCUUCCUCCGCCUACGAUGCCGACAGCGAUGCCGACCGGUUUUCGUCCAAGGCCGCAGAAUAUCUCACUCUCGUUGGGGAGGUGCGCAUGCUCCGUGAACAGCUCCGAGAACUCAAAUCGGAGUAUAUGACUUUGUUAGACCAAGAAGAUCUUCGUGAGCGAAUCGGCCUCUCGCUUGAUCCAACGGCUCUGGAAUUCCUGGCAGGCUACGAAGAUGCAAAGGCAAAGGCGCAGGCUGGACUAGACUUUGCAAUCCGUCGAGUGAUGAACCACCCCGAACACAAGGAUCACCCUGAGGCAGCUACAUUCGAUGAUCAAUGGGACCAAGUUGUGAAAGACUUUCAACCCGAGACACCAGACAUUCAAGCGCCACGAGACCCAUUGCGAGUGACCGAGUUCGAGGACCAGUCGCCGUUCUUUGAAGAGAGACGACCUGUCGCGAUGAAUAAGUUUACAUUUGUGAAUCGGUGGCUUCUUCACCGGUUGCGUCAUUCUAGUUUUGAGGUUUUGCAAUAUAAAUCGCAUCCAGGAUUUACUGAGCUCGCGAAUGAGGGUUGGGACGGUGAUAGCAUUAGCCAGAUGGCUUUGAUGCUGUGGUUCCGGGAUGAGACGGCGGGACUGGUGACUGUGAGAGACGAAUUUGCAGAAUAA